UAGCUGGUUUACCAGACGCGGACGGUGUCUUUAUACCGGGACGGAAACACCGCGGCACCGUCAGGUAACCGUCGUCCGUCGUCCGUCGUGCGAGAGGACCAUCGCCAUGGAGGAAGACGAGCAGAAGAUGGCCGUGAUGCGGAAAGCGUUCCAGAUGUUCGACACGACGAAGAGCGGCUUCAUCGACACUAUGAAGAUCUCGACGAUCUUGAACACGAUGGGUCAGCUGUUCGACGACAGCGAGCUGAACUCGAUAAUCGAGGAGAACGACCCCGAGGGGUCAGGCAAAGUGAACUUCGACGGGUUCUGCAAGAUCGCUGGUCGGUUUCUCGAGGAAGAGGACGCGGAGGCUAUGCAGGAGGAGCUCAAAGAAGCUUUCCGUUUGUACGACCGCGAGGGAAACGGAUACAUCACAACGGCCACCUUGAAGGAGAUCCUCGCUGCUCUUGACGACAAGCUAACCAGUUCCGAUUUGGAUGGAAUCAUCGCUGAGAUCGACACCGACGGGUCUGGAACGGUGGACUUCGACGAAUUUAUGGAGAUGAUGACAGGAGAAUGAUGACCGGCUCGAGGCGACUGACCAAGCGUUAUCGAGGAGGACACAAUUCGAAGCUGGCAGAAAACCAAAACUAACGCGAUACUUCUUUAAUAAAAUUAUCAUUUCGAGUACUUUGACUACCGAUCGACGAGAUCUUUUUCCCGGAUCAUCGUAGAACUAUCCGAAAUUCUUGCAAAUUGUUCAAGCGAAUGCAUUUGUUAAUUUCUAGCAAUACUUUUUUCUAGACACUAGACUGUACUUAGUUGUUUCGUUUUCUUCGAGGGUUUUCCAAUGGAAACUGACGCUUCACCGAUUUACAAGAGAGCACAUCGAUCGGAAGGAAAUAUUGUUAAGAUAAUAACCGCAGUUAGACCUGUUAGAGAACGUUAAUUUAUAAUUGUUAUAAGAAAAUCCCAUGUAUGUAAAUAAAAGUUGACUGUACUUCUUCGCACCUAGAAGCGUUCUACGUUAUACUAGAAUCGGAUAAUUCGACAGUAGCGCGUACAGAGCGUACAAAGUUUGAUUCGCGGAGGAGGAUCGGAGUUUCUGGGAUGAAUGUUACAAGAAGCGUUUGCUCAACGAAGCAAUUUAUUCAUUAUAAAUGCUACUUCAAUAAACCUUUGUGUUUUGCCUGA